AUGGCCUCCCCAUCGAACUCUCCCCUGCCGCCCAAGCGCCUUGAGCAGAUCGCUACCGACGUGUGCAACAGCACCUUCGCCAGCGUCGAAUUCUAUGAGCACCCCAAGACCGCACAAUGGAAUGAGGCCAUCAUUCAAAAAAUGCUCAAGGCGGUAAUGUCCGAAGCGACCCCCCAAGGCGCCACAACCCCGGCCUACAAGUUCGCCGUCAACAGCACCAUCGUGCAGCACGUCGUUCCCACCUCGCAGCUCAACAAGGCCACCAGCACAAGUACGUCGACCGGCACCGGCCCCGAGGGCGAGUCGACCUCGUCCGAGGCUGUCGCUCCCGCCAGUGCCAGUAAGAAGGGACAGGCGGGGGGGGGGGGGGGGGGCAUGCACAGCGCGACGGCGGGCUACUGGAACGAGAAGACGGACGGCAUGUGGAGCUUCAAGUAUGAUGGCGAGGCCAAGGGGCUCGAUGUUGUCAUCAUGCUCAUCUGGAUUGCCCUCUAA